CCAACUGCCGGCCCUACUGUGGUUCUCUGCACGUUGUCACAAAGUGUGCCGGGGCUCCAUGGCUCUGCCCGCGGGCGAGAAGGAAGCCAGCGGGGCUAGCCGUGAGAAAGCCCACCUCGGGCUGCGGAGACGAGGGCAGCUCAGAGAAUGUCAGCCAAGUCCAAGGGGACCCCCUCCUCGUCCUCUCCAGCCGAGGGACCGCCGGCAGCCUCCAAAACCAAGGUGAAGGAGCAGAUCAAGAUCAUCGUGGAGGACCUGGAAUUAGUCCUGGGCGACCUGAAGGACGUGGCCAAGGAACUUAAGGAGGUGGUUGACCAGAUUGAUACCCUGACCUCCGACCUCCAGCUGGAGGAUGAGAUGACCGACAGCUCCAAAACAGACACCCUGAACAGUAGCUCCAGUGGCACGACCGCCUCCAGCAUCGAGAAGAUCAAAGUGCAGGCCAACGCACCCCUCAUCAAACCCCCAGCGCACCCGUCUGCGAUCCUCACCGUCCUGAGAAAGCCAAACCCUCCGCCGCCUCCCCCGCGGUUGACCCCGGUCAAGUGUGAAGACCCCCCGAGAGGGGUGCCUGUGGCCAAUACCCUGAAGACCAAUGGCACUCUCCUGCGAAACGGAGGCUUCCCCGGGGCACCGAACAAAAUUCCAAACGGAGACAUCUGCUGCCUACCCCCCAGUACCUUGGACAAGGCUCCCGUGCAGCCUCUGACGCACAGACCUGACAAAGACAGGUGUCCCCAGGCAGGGCCUCGGGAACGAGUUCGGUUUAAUGAAAAAGUGCAGUACCAUGGCUAUUGUCCCGACUGUGACGCCCGGUAUAACAUAAAAAACAGGGAGGUCCAUUUACACAGCGAACCUGUCCACCCACCGGGGAAGUUUCCUCACCCAGGCCCUCCCCUCCCUCCUCCGCCCCACCUCCCUCCUUUUCCGCUGGAAAACGGGGGGCUGGGAAUAAGCCACAGUAACAGCUUCCCCCCUCUCAGACCUGCAACUGUGCCUCCUCCCACUGCACCAAAACCACAGAAGACGAUCUUGAGGAAAUCAACCACUACAACAGUGUGAUGUAUGCCAUUUCCAAAACCUUUUCGUUUUUUUUGUUUGUUUGUUUGUUUUUGUUUUUGUUUUUUAAUUUCUAUACUAUAAACAUAAAAUAAUAAGUAAUGAGCACUUUCUACUCAAGCAAUAAAAAGCCCAAAUAUAUUAAUCCUGCAUUCAGCAAAGUGGCAUAAAAACCACCUGGUAAGUAUGCACUAUGUCAUUUAUAUCCCGGGUACACGGUGUUUAAAACAGUUGCAACAUCAGAAACCACAGAACCAUGAAAAAGCUGCGUUUUUUGUUUCUUGCACCCGACCUCGGAGAAACAGUGGCCUGUAGAUUUCAAAUGGUUUGAUUUACCAUCAGAGGUGGAAUUAGAUUCAUUUUAUUCAUGCCUAACUCAUCUAUGCACUAAUAACAUGUCACCCUCCUAACUUUGGCCUGAUGCUUUUUAGGAAGAAAUUUUAAUACCGAAGGACUAUUUUAUUAUUUUUUCUAAAGAUGUUUGUCACUAGUUUUACAUUAUGAAAUGCCGAGAACAGUACCAAAAAGUUUAUUUUCUAUACUAUCCAAUAAUGAUUAUAUGUUUCCCCUAUAUAUGUAAUGAAAGAUUUUUGUCUGUGGAAAUAUCAUACGUCAAUAAACGACAGUACCUAAUGGCAAAAGCACGCGUUCCUCAGAGCGGAAAUGAAGCAGUGGUUCAUUGAAUCCUGUGUGAAUAUUCAUCAAAAUGGGUAGCUACUCUGAAAAAGUUUGGAGAAGAUUACAGUGAGUAUCCAGCAGCAGUUUCUAAAUCAAAUAUCAUUAUCAGGUCAUAAGUAGUAUUUCCACAUUAUCAUGUUAUGCCUUGUGGUACGCCAAGGCCAUAUAUUGAAGGUCUCAUUGACCCAAUACAUGGCCAAACCCUUGAGAUCCUCCUCACACUCCGCGUCCCCCCCAGUCACACCAUAAACCAGAACACUGAAGCAGUGGGAUGAUCUGCCUCCUUCAACAGCAAGUUCUCUGCCUCCCCAAGGGAAUUCCCAUUUAUAAGAGAAUCAUAGCGGAAAAUAAAGAUGCUUCUGGAAUAGGACAUUCUUAGUAUCAGCCUUAACGCUGUUUCCCCUCACAGUUGAAAUAUGCCAGGGAUCUUUGUUAUUGUAUAGAAGCAAGAGAAGACAUCCUUUCCUCCUAACAUCUUACAAAGGUCCUUCUCUUAAGGCUAACUUGCCAGCUUAUGUCACUUACCCACCCGUGGAUCAAGUUCACUUCCCAACUACUGUGAUUUGGACAGAUUGCGUAUUUUGUUUUGGAACUAGAGAGGAGUUCAUCUGUCCUAGAAUCGUGAUGACAAGUGCAUACUGAACAAAAGUUGUUCAUUAAUUGGCAAGAGGAGAGGGAGUUCUCUUUGGUGAAAUUUGGUUUAUUGAACAGCUUAAUAAAAAAAAGAUACUAUAAUUUUGGGACUAUUUGGCUUUUGAUCUCAAAAGUUUAAUUUUUGUUGCUACAAGGAGGCUGUCUUGUUUCUUUGUUGCCUUUUUCAAGCCAUAUGAUGGUAAUCUGGAAUACUGUUUUUCAACAACUUCUUAUUAAAAAAUGGUAAUGUCCUUUAGGCAGAAUAACAGAGGGAAAAUGACUUUUUGAAGGAAUAAUUAAAAGAGUGAAAAAACAGAGAUGUCAUGUUACAAAUUUACUCAGCAUGAUUUCGUUCCUGUGUGUAUUGGCUGUGAAGAUAACGCAAGCACUAUAAAUCCUUUUUUUUUUUUUCAGAAAGUUACAGAAUAAGACCAAUAAUAGAGAAGAGCCACAAUCUCAAAUAUAUUAAUUAUGUGAUAACCAUAUUUAAUAAAUCUGACCCAAGUAAACACAGAAUUGACUUUCCUAAUACCAAGCUAAUAUAUUCUUAAUUUUUUCAUGCAUUCAUUUAGACUUAUUAAGAAACCCAAACUUUCAUCAUUUUCUAGAUUUUAGUAAUGACUUUCAUUCAAAUGUGCAGCCAGUGUCAGACCAUAUGGUAUCACGAACAGUCUUGGAAGACACGCAGCUUUCUCCCUUCAUCUCAUCUUCCUUUCACAGCAAGUUACCAUGACCUAAUAAUUAGCUUUUCGUUUGAAAUGUUGACCCCUGUCAAUGUCGGGGAGCCAGUCUGGAUCUCAAGGUAAGAACUUCCUAGCGACCACAAAUCACUCACAGAGCAAGUAACUCAAUUACAAUGAAGUGGGUUGAAUAAGCUGACUAAUUCAAGCCGACGGAAGAAGGACCUUGAACCAGGUGCUUAGUCACAACCUGUGAGGCUCAAAUUCAUCUCCCAUUCUCAAAGUAGAGUCAAAGGUGCCCCACGAACAACCAUCUUUUUAAGCGUCAUUGUUGACAUUGCUAAAAAUGGCAGUACCUGUUCUCAUUCAAUACUUGUCCAAGCAGCUUUUGGCCUAAAAGGCCAAGUUAAAUCCUAACCUAAAAGAAUUAAGAGGGGAUGAACUUCUCUUAUUGGUUUAUUAAAUACUCAGAUUCAAUGUUAGAUUAUAUCAGUGUUGGGACUUUCUUUUAAGUUUAUUUAUUCCAUUAUUUCAUUUUUUUCUUCUUCCAUUAAGGUUUGAAAUACAUUGGGUCAAUAAGGUUCUUUUCAUUUUGCUUUCUUUUUCCCUGGCAGAUCACUUUGAAACAUUCACCGGAACGUAUGUUUUUAAAUAGACAUAAACUUGUAAAACAGGGAAUGCAACUAACUGAGGGCAACAUAAUAAACUUUAAAAUUAAAGUGUUGCAGGUGGCCUUGCCACUUCUGUCAUCAGCCAACAUGGCUUUCAAAAUUCUAAUUAUCUAAUGCAGGCUCUGUACAUCGGCCAUUAAAUUAUUGUAAAACAUGGUUCAUGGUUGCUCUUCCCAAAUAUCCCAAAGCAAACCCUUUGGGACAGUUCUUUUUCCCACUGUGCAUUUGAAGACUUACAUGACCAAGCAGAGUGAGCACCACUGAGUUAGCCUCUAUCCUCUUUGGAAGGUGAUGUUCCUACAAAAUGUCCAAAAUGUUCCUACAAAAUGUUCAAGGAUAAGGCUGCCUGUGGCAACAUUCAUUUGAGUGAAAGGUAGAACGUGGACUUUUUUUUUUUUUGAGUAGCAUCUCUUAAUUAAAUUGGAAAAGGAAAGCAUUUCUCUUGCUAGUUUAAACAACGAUGAUCCCAUUUGGGGAAUGGGAGGUUAUUGUAUCUUGUCUGUUGAAAGGCGAAAAGAAAAGAAAAACUGACCAAAGUUUUCUUCCGUCCCCUAGCAGUGACAGCAGUUAUAGAAGGAGAUAAAACUGAUAUUCUUUUUAGGAUAUGCUUAAGUUAAAUUUAAAGUAUCUGCUCAGAAAUACUGGGCAUGCAGAAAGAAAAAAUCCCCACUCUUUCAAUUUGUUGUUAUUAUAUUCAUACCUUCCCUCAUUAGCUUAACAUCAUUCUAGGGGAAAAAAUGAGUGGUAUUAACUGAAGUGGUUUAAUUAACCUAAAAAUUCUUGUGUUUGAAUUAUGUCUGCAUCUAAUUAUUUAAUGAAUAAAGGAAUAGGGCACUGUAUUAUAGGACUUUCUUUGGACAGACCAAUAGUUGCCUUUAGCAUUACCAAGAGCAGUAGCUAUGCACCGUCUUUGAAACUAUGCAAGACCUUUUAUCUACAGAUUCUAAUUAUGUAGUUCUUUUUGGAUGCUCUGUGAAGAAAAGCCUGAGUAGGUUCACAUGCAUUCGCGCUGGGAAUGAUGUAAUCAAGUCAUGAGUCACUGUCUGGACUGAACUUUUUCCGUGGAAUACAUGCACGACUGCAACGUCAAGUCUUCUACUUGUCCCAGUUCCGUUCUUUCUCCUGACUCUGUUGGUAGCACCUUUUGCUCUAAAGUACACCCACAUCUGUAGCAGGAGUUUGCAGUGUAAUGUACUUUGGUAUGUACUGAUGAUUUCUAAGUGAGGAAAUGAUUUACGAGAAUAAAGUUGCAUUAAAAACCUACAUCACGAAAAAAAAAAAAAAAAAAACACAUCACGAAAUUAGAUAAAGUGCACAGAAUCUGACACUUACUAGACGCUAUCACUGAAUCACAUGACAUUUUCCAGGUCAGUCCAUAAGUGGGAUGGUGCAUUUAAAUGUUUCGGCUAAGCAUGUGGGAGUUUUAGAAUCCUUCAAGUUGCUCAAUUCUGAAAUAAUGGCAGAUGUGAUGCCCAUUAGGGUACACAACAGUGUGGAACAUAAAACCACUGUUAGCCACCUCGUCUUGGAGCAGCAAUGAUGAAGGGUGUCAUUUUUGUGAAGCCCUUGGAUCUAUCAUUCCAGUCUUUUGGGGAAAACUAAAGUGGAACAUAAGCCCUGCAAAUAACCCUCCCUGUUAAAUCAACAUGUGGUAUAGACUUGUGCACAGGCCAUGGGAAAACAAGGUGGAAAUCUUGCUUAUCACAUUGACUUCUAGAUUGAUCAAGGAUAGGUAAGCUAAUAUUAUUAACUAUUUUUCUGAAACUCUGCAUAUGUUAGAGUUCCUCCAAGUUCCCCUAUGAAUGUAAAAAAUAGAUAUUACCCUGAUCUACAAGUGAAGGAAUCCAGGACCUCAGUUUCAGUAUUUUGCCAAAAUCAAAAUCAACCCCUGGGUAAGUGACUGGGCUGGCAUUUGUGGUUUUUGUUUUGUUUUGUUUUGUUUUAUGUUUUUUUUUUUUAAACACCUUGACUCCCCAUAAUUUUCCCCCGUAAAGUUGCUACUUAAUUGUGUUCUUCAUAGUCCUGAACUUUGCAAAUCUUUCUUUUAUUCUGAGUAGUUAUUUUGACGUCUGAAAGGGGUUACCUAACGUUAUUUUGGCAUUCUUAAUAUGUUUGAUCUUUGCAGAAUAUAAAAGGGAUUUCAGGCAAUUUAGGAACCAUCUAAAGUGAAUGAGCUGCUGAAUAAUGCCAGUCUCAUUUUCUUAUGGAUUAUACCAGCAACUUCACCUUUCAGGGGGUUUUUUUCCCCCUUUAAGUUCAAAGGCUGUCUAUUAUUUUAGUUUCUUUGCCUAAGAGGUUCUGAUUCCAUAGUAUUAAUGCCUUUUGACCCUGAAUGUGUCACUUUCAUUACUGGUAUUUCUUUUGUGAAUUUCAUCUAUUAAUAUUGACCCCUAAGCUAAAAAUAGCAAUUGAUCCAUUCUGGAGAACCACUAAAGGACCAGUGCAUUAGAGCUCUCUUUAGUAAAAGACUUUCCAUCCUCUUGUUACUAUACUAAAAAUAUGAUUUUCCACUGUUUGAUAAUGUAGUUGUCAAUUCUCCUGACCCCCACAGGGAAUUUUGGACCGGCUAAAUAAAACAAUCAUGGGCCCUGCGGUGGUUUAGGGUUGAUCUUGA